AUGAGGUGUCCUUCUCUUGCGCGGUUACCGCACCGUGCUGUCUCUGGCUUGACCAGGACUCCUGUCAGAUUUCAGUCUCAGGCCUUCCUUACCGCACGAUGCGCGUCGACGGCCGCUCUCCGUUCCGCAACUCCGGUCCAUCAGUCAGUAUUGAACCGGCGUUAUCAGCAAACGAGGAAUGCCUCCGGUACUGCAGCAGCUGUCUUGGAGGCAGCCGCUCAGACACCGGAUUCUUUAUCGCAGGAGGCAAUCAUUGAGAAUCUCGAUCCUGUAGAGGCUGAGAGGUUAUCUCGAGUUCGAAAUAUCGGUAUCGCUGCGCACAUUGACAGUGGUAAGACGACAUGUACCGAGAGAGUUCUCUUCUACACAGGCCGUAUUAAGGCAAUUCACGAGGUUCGAGGCCGUGACAGUGUCGGAGCGAAGAUGGAUUCAAUGGACCUGGAACGUGAAAAAGGUAUCACCAUCCAGUCGGCUGCUACAUUCUGUGACUGGGUCAAGAAGGAUGAGGAUGGCAAGGAGCAGAAGUAUCAUAUGAACUUGAUUGAUACGCCUGGACAUAUCGACUUCACCAUCGAGGUGGAAAGAGCGCUGCGCGUUCUCGACGGUGCCGUCAUGAUUCUCUGCGCUGUCUCCGGUGUUCAAUCGCAGACAAUCACCGUUGAUCGACAGAUGAGACGCUACAAUGUCCCCCGAAUUUCCUUCGUGAACAAGAUGGACCGUAUGGGUGCGAAUCCAUUCAAGUCUGUCGACCAGAUCAACACCAAGCUCAAGCUCCCUGCGGCAGCUGUUCAGGUUCCCAUUGGAGCUGAAGACGAGUUUGAGGGUGUCGUUGACUUGGUUCGCAUGAAGGCUAUCUACAACCAAGGUAGCAACGGUGAGAAUAUCGUCGUCAAAGAUGAAAUCCCGGAAAAGGUCAGAGAACUCGCAGAGGAGAGGAGAAGAAUGCUCAUCGAGACCCUGGCGGACGUUGACGAUGACAUGGCGGAAAUCUUUUUGAACGAGGAGGAGCCCACCGAGAAGCAAAUCAAGGACGCUAUUCGCCGGGCGACCAUCGGUUUGAAGUUCACCCCAGUCUUUAUGGGUUCUGCGCUGGCGAACAAGUCGGUUCAGCCGAUGUUGGACGGUGUUAUCGACUAUCUCCCCAACCCAUCUGAGGUGCAAAACACCGCCCUUGACAAGAAGCGCAACGAGGCUCAGGUUAAGCUUGUUCCUUACAACGCCUUGCCUUUGGUCUGUCUUGCCUUCAAACUGGAAGAGAGCAGCUUUGGACAGUUGACCUACAUUCGUGUGUACCAGGGAACCCUCCGGAAGGGUUCCUACGUCUUCAACGCCCGUACAGACAAGAAGGUCCGGAUUCCUCGCAUUGUCCGCAUGCACUCUAAUGAAAUGGAGGACGUGUCUGAGAUUGGGGCUGGUGAGAUUUGUGCUGUGUUUGGUGUUGAAUGUGCCUCUGGUGACUCUUUCACCGAUGGCCAACUCGGCUACACCAUGUCUUCAAUGUUUGUUCCGGAACCGGUCAUUUCGCUCUCUAUCAAGCCCAAGCACAGCAAGGAUUACGCCAACUUCUCUAAAGCCAUGGCCCGUUUCCAGCGAGAAGACCCUACGUUCCGUGUCUCGUUCGACCCAGAGAGUGAGCAAACCCUUAUCUCCGGUAUGGGUGAGCUUCAUUUGGAUAUUUAUGUUGAGCGCAUGCGCCGUGAGUACCGUGUCGACUGUGAGACCGGUCCUCCUCAGGUCGCUUACCGAGAAACCAUUAGCCAGCGUGUUGAGUUCGACCAUCUGCUCAAAAAGCAAUCGGGAGGUCCUGGAGAUUAUGCCCGCGUUGUUGGAUGGCUGGAGCCUACCGGUAAACUUGAGGAGAACCAGUUUGAAGAACAGAUUGUUGGUGGAAGUAUUUCCGAGAAGUUCAUCUUCGCCUGUGAAAAGGGUUUCCAUCUCUCUUGUGAGAAGGGUCCACUCAUUGGUCACAAGGUGCUCGGAACCAAGAUGGUCAUCAAUGACGGUGCUACACACAUGACAGAUUCGUCUGAAAUGGCCUUCAAGAACGCCACCCAGCAAGCUUUCCGUAAAGCUUUCCAGGAGGGAAACCCCGCCGUCCUCGAGCCUAUGAUGAAGACUGUGGUCACUGCCCCUGCUGAGUUCCAGGGUGAUGUUAUCGGUCUUCUGAACAAGCGCGGUGCUACCAUUAACGAUUCCGAAGUUGGUGUCGAUGAGUUCACCGUGUACGCCGACUGCAGUCUGAACGGCAUGUUUGGUUUCAGUUCUCAUCUCCGUGCUGCGACUCAGGGUAAGGGCGAGUACACCAUGGAGUUCAGCCACUACGAAAAAGCACCACCUCAGGAGCAGAGAGAACUUGUCAAGAAGUACCUCCAGGCCCAGGCUGACAGGCAUAAGAAAUAA